AUGGAUGAUUUUGUGAGUCUUAGUAUACAGGAUGAAUAUGACAAAAGUACGAAAAAUGAGGAUUUGAUCGGUAUCUCCAAUCUCUGCAUCUCCGAAGGCUCUAAGCUUCCUCAGCAAUUAAUUUGCAAAUUUAUGCCGCAUGUUCCCGUCAGCCCGUCCCCUCUAAGGAAUGCUUUCCACGUUGAAAUGUUACAGGAAGACAUGGAGAUAGAUGAAGAAGGUAUAAAUGUGCCACCAGAGGACCAGGUGGCCCCAUUGUCGGAUAACACUCGAGGCUCGUCUCCAAAUAGCGUGUUUGAAGAGCAACGAGGGGCUAGUAAUGGCACUGCAGUUGAGUCAGAAACCGAGAAAGAGAUUGAGCAAGGUAUUAAUGCGAUUGGUAAAAUCUCGCUUGGGUCUACAAAGGAUGACGAUGAUUUAUUAGAUGACUCUGAAGUGACAGAGAAGGGAGACGAAUCUGGAGAUUGGUCUGAUAUUAAUGAAGAGCAAAGUAUAGACAAGAAGAGUGUCAUAAAGGCUUUAUUAUCUCCGACCACUCUGGGCAUUGCUGCUGCGACUAAGCAUGAUCCGACCUUAAGGCCCUCGUUGAUAAACGCCGAAAUGGAGAAACGUACUAAAGUGACAGAAGAGCCAGAAAUAGAGACGAUCGAUAAAGAGAAUAUGUUAGAGGUGAACGGUGUCGUUGACCGCUCUGCUACCGAAUAUAUCAAGCAAGAGCUUAGGUCACGGGCCAAACGUAACGAGCCAAUACAUGUCUCAAUCAACACGCACAAUCAUUACUACCCAACGCCGCAACAAUACAUGGACAAUGGAAUUUCAAACUCCAAACAAUACGAGUUUGUGGGGAAAGAUAUCAACAUUCACCAAGCUGCGUUGCUGCAUGAUGAGCUUCAGCAGAAGAAGCUGUACUCGCUGCCUGACCCAUGGUCCCCACAGUCCCAGCCUGCUUCCAGACAUUGGUAUGCGAUAACAUCGUACCUGCAGUAUUUUCUGAACGUGGUGACACUGGGUAUACUGUGUGCGAUAUUUAUCACCUUGGUGCAUGCCUUCAAGGCAGACGUGCAGGCCAUAUGGCACCAGCACAAGGUUACAUUUGAGCAAGAGUCGCUGGACUGCAAGCGCAACUUCUAUGAGAACAAGUGUGACAGAGACACACCGCUUCCGGCACUGAUAGAUCAGUGUCAUACCUGGAGCAAAUGCAUGAGUCGGGACAACGACAAGCUGUUCACGGCCAGAAUUUCGCUGGUGGCGCGCAUACUCGGCAGCAUACUGAACUCGUUCAUCGAGCCCCUGGGCUGGAAAGCGCUGCUGGUGCUGUUCAUCGGCUGCACGAUAUGGUGCUUCAGCACCAACUUCUUGCUCGGUUUCGCCAGAGCAAGAAGCUACUACGGACACAACCUGGAGGACAGGAUCAAGAAGCUGGAACUCACCAGGUACUACAACCAGGACCACUCCGAGCCCUUGCAGCACUCGAAACUCAUAACAUACAACAAAUAG